CACUGGCAGUCAAGAGGAGCUCUCAUUUUGGCGAUUACACACUUUUACGAUAAGCCCAGUGGGAACUACAAAUGCAGUGUGGGGUGGGUGAUUAGAUUAGCGGAAGGUGUGAGCCAUGUUUGCCAAUAUAUAAACGGUGUCCCUCACCCGAUCGGCACAGAUUGUUUGUGUUUGCCACCCAACUGCCUACUGCCAACAUGCCCACCUUUGAGGAGAUCGUCGAGAAGGCCAAGAGCUUCAAGAACCUGCCCACCAAGGAGGAGUUCCUCGAGUUCUACGGCUACUACAAGCAGGCCACCGUCGGCGAUUGCAACAUCGAGGAGCCCGAGGACGAGGAGAAGAAGGCCCGCUACAAUGCCUGGAAGAGCAAGGCCGGUCUGACCGCCGAUGACGCCAAGGCCUACUACAUCGAGGUCUACAAGAAGUACGCCCCCAAGUACGAAUAAGAUAGCUCUACUCUUAUUCCCUCGUUGAACCCUGUCUCUAACCAAUGCAUGUGGAUAUUUGUUGAAACUCAGUGUAUUUAUUGUAAUUUUAUAAUAAACCAAAGCCCUGUGCAUUUACCUUAA